AAGCAUUUAAGUCUUAUUUUUACUACACGAUCAGUCGAAUUGUGUACACUGCUGUCCAAACCUCGCCAUUCCUCCACAGGGCUCGAAACGAAUUCUGAUUCUGAUCCCGAUCUACAACACAACACCAUCAUGAAGAUCACCAGCUUGAUGGUGGGAAUUUCCCUUGCGAUAGGUGUUCUCGCGGAAAGUGACCCGCCGCCUCCACAAACGCCAAUUAUUUUGGGAGUCGUAUCAGACACACCCACUCAGUGCUCUCCCGGGCAAAAUAUGAACAUUACUUUUCUACCGAACACGCUCAGACUAGAGCUCUCGAAUAUGUACUUUGGCACAGAAGGACAUGGCAGGACAGAUGAGGUUUCCGUGUGCCAAUUCACCGUAGAGUACACCUCUUGGUGGUACAAGUAUCGUUUCUCGAUCCAGGACGUAACCUACAGAGGACAUUUGAAUGCGACAGAUGGCGUUCAGCUAUAUCAAUUGACUGCCAAUUCAGUCUUCAGGUAUGAGAAUCGAAAGCUUAAUCCGGGAAGGGCGCCACCUGAUAUUUGGAAUGUGUCUAUGUCUACCAUGAUAGAUGAUACGGCUCAAACAUCUAUUGGUGGCGUGGGAAACUUUGACGACGAUUUUGAAGCCAGUGGUAACAGUUCUCACUUGGAAUGGUCGACAUGUAUGGAUGGAGGUGAAGGUACAGGCGACGUCAAGACGAAACUGCAAUUCAGACUUAGUGCGACAACAAGUGACAAGACUGGGAAAGGCACUGGAGUGCUGACAAAUGGCUUGACAUUCGACUUUGGUAUCGUCUGGGAAGAAUGUUAUCCUGACCGAGCAGUUAAAAAUGCUUGGGGGGAAACCCGAAUCAAUAACUGGUCGACCUGUACAUAUAACAACACAAAUCAAACGUCGCAAACUAUCUCGAGGGCUCUGUGCCGUGGACCAGGCCUACUAAUCUAGCGUCGUUGGUUAAUUUGCAGAAAGUUGGUUCUAUUCUUAGGUAGAUAUCGGGGCUUUAAUACGUUGUCAAUAGAUAUUUCUGAAACCAACAUCACCAUGUACUAUACAUAGAACUAUUUCCCAUGGCGUAAUUAUACUCGGCGAGGCAAGAAUAUGUCACCCCAACCUGAAGUACCUAGGUAAUAAUAGACAUAAAGGAGAUAGCCAGUC